AGUGUGCAUAUGUAUAUAAAAUUGGUAGUUCCAAUAAUAUUCUGUCUUGUGUUGCAAGCUUCGGUUGUUUAAAAUUUGUGUUAGAAGUUUGCUGAAUAUGUGGUUCUACUCUAGAAAUAAAUUCUUAUAUAACAGAGAGUAGCAAGAUUAGUCAUUGACACAUUUUAAUCUCUGUUAAAGCUACGCACGAGCGUACACGAAGAGUUUUAACAUGUACAAGUACUAAAGACAGUUGCAUUACUAAAUAUUAAAAGUAGAAAAUAGAACGCAUGUAACAAACACAUUAAAUUAUCUUAAUGUCUGUGCACAACAUAUUGCGCAAUUAAGAAUACAAGAUGCCAGGAACAUUGACCUACCCAAUAUAUGCUGGUGUAGAAUCACCUCCGCAAAGGCAACGGUCCUAUAGUUGGAGUAACGAGCAUCGUUCUAGAUCUCGAGUAUUGCCAGAUAAUAGAAGACCUGGACGAUUGUCGUUGGCAGAACCUGCGAGAGAUGAGGCUACUAGCAAGCUGAGAUUAAAGGUAAUUGCUGGGCACCAAUUAGCCAAGAAAGACAUCUUCGGUGCCAGCGAUCCUUACGUACGCGUCGACUUGAAUACUGUAAACGGUGAUCAGACAGUGGAUUCUGCGCUUACAAAAACCAAAAAAAAGACUUUGAAUCCAGUAUGGGAGGAGGAAUUUGUAUUUAGAGUUAAGCCUGUCGAUCACAAAUUGGUGCUACAAGUUUUUGACGAGAACAGAUUGACAAGAGAUGAUUUUCUCGGAAUGGUGGAAUUAACAUUAAUUCAUCUACCUAAAGAGCAAGAGGGUCAAACGAUCCCUGCUAGACGUUAUUUACUUCGACCACGUAGUAAUCAUUCCAGUCAGCGUUCGAGAGUGAAAGGUACUUUGGAAGUAUACCACGCAUAUAUUUCGGAUUCAUCGACCAUAGACAGUGACAAUGGGGAUGCUGCGUCUGACUCAGGAGGGUGGGAAAUGGUUCAACCAGUAAAUGUCAACCGUCCUAUGCAGACAGUUGUGUUUGACUCACCGUUGCCACCGUUACCACCAGGAUGGGAAGAAAGGCAGGAUGCAAACGGGCGAACGUAUUAUGUUAAUCAUAUAGCACGAUUUACUCAAUGGGAACGACCAGUAGAAUCUAAUACUUCGCCCAGUGCAAAUGUUGCAGUUGAGCGAAAUUUCAGCACUGCUGCGACAGAGUUUCAACGACGUUUUCAUAUUAGCGCGGAUAACGAAAACAGACAUAGAAGUUCGAUCAACCAGGAUGGUGAAGUUCUCCGCAAGGAAGAUGAAGAUUCGGAAGCAAGAGAUUAUGACAUUGAGAAUCAUAGGGGAGGGGGUAUUGGGGAUACUUCUUCAGACUCUGGACGUUCUGUCGAUCAACAUGGCUACCUUAGUGAAUGCGAAGACCAGACUGAUGAUAAUGUGGAUAGUCCAGCUGGGUCUAGACGAUCCUCUGAACAGAUCGAAAUGCAUAAACCCACGCUUCCAGUGUCAAGCAACGAUGGAAUGCCACCUGGGUGGGGUAUGCAAUUAGCUCCGAACGGUAGAGUAUUUUUUAUCGAUCAUAUUAAUAGGACAACGACAUGGAUCGAUCCUCGAACAGGGUGUCCAAGUUCGAUACCUAAUCACAUUGCUCCUUCAACUACACCAAGGAGUGAUUUAGACCAGCUUGGACCACUUCCCGAAGGUUGGGAGGAAAGGGUUCAUACGGAUGGCAGAAUAUUUUUCAUCGAUCACAAUUCAAGAACAACUCAGUGGGAAGAUCCACGCAUGUCCAAUCCACAAAUUGCUGGCCCGGCUGUUCCAUAUUCGAGAGAUUAUAAACGAAAAUAUGAAUAUCUCAAGUCUCAGUUGAGAAAGCCUAAUAACGUUCCUAAUAAAUUUGAAAUAAAAGUUGGCCGAAAUAACAUCCUGGAAGAUUCGUAUCGUAUAAUUAGUUCUGUUAAUAGAGUGGAAAUAUUGAAAACAAAAUUGUGGGUUGAAUUUGAAGGAGAAAUCGGUUUGGAUUACGGAGGCCUUGCUCGAGAAUGGUUUUUCCUAUUAUCUAAAGAAAUGUUCAAUCCCUAUUAUGGAUUGUUCGAAUAUUCCGCCACGGAUAAUUAUACACUACAAAUUAAUCCUUUCUCGGGAGUAUGCAACGAGGAACAUCUAAAUUACUUUAAAUUUAUUGGUCGUAUAGCUGGUAUGGCUGUCUACCACGGCAAACUGUUAGAUGCAUUUUUCAUUCGGCCAUUUUAUAAAAUGAUGUUAGGUAAAUCUAUCGACUUGAAAGACAUGGAAAGCGUUGACUCAGAAUAUUACAAUUCGUUAUUGUGGAUAAAAGAAAACGAUCCUAGCGAAUUAGAGCUCACAUUUUGCGUCGACGAAGAAAGUUUUGGACACACCUCCCAAAGAGAACUUAAGCCGGAUGGCGCUAACAUACCAUUAACAGACGUAAACAAAGACGAAUACAUAGGUUUAGUUAUACAAUGGCGAUUCGUAUCGAGAGUCCAAGAACAAAUGAACGCAUUUUUGGAAGGAUUUAACGCUCUUGUACCGCCGACAUUGGUAAAAAUAUUUGACGAGCAUGAACUGGAAUUGCUUAUGUGCGGUAUACAACAUAUUGACGUGAAAGACUGGAAACAGAACACGUUGUACAAAGGGGACUAUCACGCUAAUCACAUUGUCGUUCAGUGGUUUUGGCGAGUGGUACUUUCGUUUAGCAAUGAAAUGCGCUCUAGGCUUUUACAAUUUGUCACCGGAACAUCGCGAGUACCGAUGAACGGUUUUAAGGAACUUUACGGUAGCAACGGGCCGCAGUUAUUCACGAUCGAAAAAUGGGGUACACCGGACAAUUAUCCGAGAGCUCAUACUUGUUUUAAUCGCAUUGACCUUCCUCCUUACGAAAAUUAUCAGCAACUCAGGGAAAAAUUGAUAAAAGCAAUCGAAGGUUCACAAGGCUUUGCUGGAGUGGAUUAGCACGAAAUACCCCUUUUCAUGAUGAUAUCUGUAAUAUAAUGUACAUAUAUACAUACACAUAGAUACAAAAAAAAAAAAACAUGUAUACUGUCUAAUACGAUUAACUGUUUAACAGGAUUAACAUUUUUCUGCACUCUGAAGACUUAGGUGUCUCUUGACUGCUAGUUACAUCAUUGAGACAAAUCAAUGAAAAGUAUGUUUAAAUAUUACUUAACUGUUACCAAUAAUUCAAAAGUAUCUUACGCAUAAUGCACUUUUAAAAUUAUAAGCUAUAUUUAACAAAACAUUUACAAGUAAUCUCAAAUGCUGUUUCGGAGCAGUUGAUGAAUUACAAUUUAUUAACUUGUUCACUUUCUACAUGUAAUUCCAUGUUUUGAUUAUUACGCUUCGAAGAGGUAUUUCUUUUUUUUUUCCGGGGGAAAAAAAAAUUUUGGUUGUUACGAUAGACAAAUAUUAAUCUGAUAUUAACUGUAAAUAAUUUUAAGAUAAAGUAACGAUCUAUUAAUUAAUAUCCUAAUUUGUUGAUGGCGCGGAGAAUGCCUUGUUAUCAAAGGAAUUUACGAACAAUAUAAGAUCGCGGACUUAAGUGAUAAAAUUUUAAACGAAAGUAUAAAGUGUUUAAAAGAAGGAUAUAAGUUGCUUUAUAUGAUAUUUGUUAUGAUUUAUCGAAACAUUGAAUUUUAAUUUGAACUAUUUUAUAAAACGAGCAAUCAGAAAAAGUAGUAAUAUGAUUAAGGAAUUCUAAAAACGAGACUUAGAAAACUAUUUCAUAUACAAUGAUGCUACGUUGUUUGAAAAAAAUCAUUGUUAAUUUAAAAAUUUAUCUGUACAUUUUUAAAUUUGAAAGGAAGAUUAUUGUUUUUUCUAUUCUUGAAACGUAAAGUUUCUUUGUUUAUUAUACUUUUCACAUUACACUAUGAAGUUUUUACAACGAAUCAGUUUAAUCUUUUUCAAUAUUUUGUAACACUGUGUACAAUAUAAGAUUAAUAUUUCUUUCCUUUUCUCGGUUGCAUAAGGCAAUAUCUAAACACUUAGUAUUCACAGGUUAUUCGCAUUUAGAAAAUAUCUUGUGGAUCUUUUAUUGUAGUAAUAAAGACUAGAGAAUACGUUGUGUCGAUAAAAGAAAAAAAAAGAAAGAAAGAAUGUACAGGCAGAAAGCUGGAAGAUUUUAAAAAAUUAAUCAUACUAUUAGAAGAUAUAGCAAGAAGAAUUAUGGUCGCUGUAAAAUAUGUAAUCUGUUUUAUUUUUGAUCGAUUCGUUUAUUUAUUAUGAAAUCCAUAUUAUUUAAUAUAAGAAUAUAUUCAAACUUAAUAGAAAAUAAAAUAUAUUUCAGACGUAUCUGUUCCAUGAUCUAUUCGCGUAACUGAUCAAGAACUUUGGACAUAGAACAGAGUUCUUCUUGUAUGUUUUUCUAAGAACUUGUAGCGAAAAAAAAAAACCACAUUAUGCUUAGCACAUUGUAUACAUAUAGUAUUAAAUAAGAUAAGAAAGUAGAUACGAAGCUGCUUGAACGGUGAAAUUCAACCAUUUGUACAUUUUGACAAUAUAUAAAAGAAACGAAGAUAUUCAAUUGUUUUGUCAAAAAUGAUAUACAAUGCAUGAAGUUAAUUGAUCGAAUAUGCCGCGAUUAGCGUAACCUUGUAAAUGCCUACUUUGUACGAUAAUAGCUAUUCCAAGAAUGUAACAAACAUUCUAGAAAGACGUUUAGCACUUAAAGCUAACGAAACAUUCCAUCCUGUUUGUACAGCUUAUUUUAUUGUAAACAGAUACGUCCCGUUAGAUAAUAAAUAUUAUUAUUACGACAGAAAUUUUGUGGCCUUAAAUUCCGGUUACUUUAGAUUUCGUGUAUUUUGUGUUUUUCUAUAACGAAGAUUCGAAUCAUGUAUUUAUAUAUGUAUAAUCGCGGGCGAACGAUAUAUCUUGACGUAUUGAUUCUGUGAACAGGCAAUAUUCGAGUACUAUAGUAUUUCUUUCCUGACGGUAGACUAAAUCUUUAGUUGGGACUAUUAGUCACAUACGUUAUCUAACGAUCUACUUAAUUGUCUUUUCUUUUCUUCUGAUUUACAAGUAUUCACAUAUUUUACUGGAUGAAACAUUACAUCCUUCACUGGCUUAUACAGAGUGUUCAAUCAACCCUGGGAAAAAUUUUAAUGGGUGAUUCUAG